AGCACGCGCAGUGGGCCUCUAGUCCUCUUCUAAAAAAACUAGUCCUUUCUUAAAAAAAAAACUAUGUCAGGUUUUUAUCGAAGUUUCGAUUGUAGCAUUUUUGUCGCUUUUCCGAAAUGUUCAUUGACUGAUAAUGUCCUCAACAGCGAGUCUUCGAGUUCUACCUGAAGUUUGUGUUUCGGAGAGAACGUAGUUCGUGCCAUUCGUUUGACAGAUCGGGGUUAUGAUGAUCGCGGUUGGGAUUGUGAUGAUGAUUUAAUAAAUAAAAAGUGGGCGGUUUAAGGAAUACAAAAGAUUAUAUUAUUGAAUGAAAACGGUAAAGUAGUUCAGUGAAAUAAGUAAGACGGAUGAUAUACAAGAGAGUAUAACAGUUUUGUAAGAAGUGUGCGUGUUUUCGAUUUUUAUUGGGUUUACGAAAAUGCUAAUUUUAAUGAAGUAAUUAAAUGAUCCUUUGGAUAAUGUCAGUGUACGUUAUUUGUGCUUGACGACGAAGGGAUAGCCUUUUAGAAUUUUAUUUUGAUCAUUUUAAAGUGUCGAGUACGAAGUGUUUAAGUUAGCGUAUGGAAUUUGGAAUAUAGUACAUUUGAAGUUUGAUGGAUAAUCUAGUUGCCGACGAGAUCAUGAUUAUGUAAUUUUGUAGUAUAAUUGUGCAGCGGGAUAAUAAUUUUGUAUUCAAAGCGCUGCAGCGAAAACGGAACUCAAAGCACGCGUAUCGCUUUAGUUUUAUAUGUAUAAAAUUAUGAAAUAAAAAAAAUUGACUAUCACGUUUAUUACUUUUUCUAAAAUUUGACACAUAUUAUAUUUUGACAGUUAACCAAAUUAAUAAGGUUUUACCAUUCGUAUACGUUGUUUAUGAUGUAUAUCAAGAAAAAAUGAAAUAUUAAAAAGAUUCAGUAUUAUUAGGAUGCUGAACAUUGAGACACCUGCGCAAUUCAUCUUGAGUCUUCACUUUAGUCCGUUUAUGUUAGAAUGUAUAUUUUUACUCCUUAUAGCUCUUUUACUUUCAAACCCCUUACUGACAAGGAUUGAAAAUAUUAUGAACUAUCAGUCGAAAUUAUUUAAGGUACUGCAACCAGAUGCACCGAAAAGGGAAAAAACGUUUCCUAUGAUUUGGACGCGUUAUCCAGUCAUGCCAAUGCUUCUCAAUAUAAAUUCCAGUUCCACAAUAGAUUUUCUUGCUCUUAGAAUAAUUUCUUCAACACCAGCGUCCCACGACAUAACCGACUGCGACAAGACGAAUGCUUCAAAUAUUUAUCCACAAGCGAUUGAAUGUUCUUCGACAUUUAUUCCCACAAACAUUGAGCUACCUAUAGUGGACAUAUCGUCUUUCGAAUAUAAUUCCUAUCGCUACAGGUUAAUUGAGUCACUGUUCGAAAGAUUGUAUGGUUAUGACAAUCCGCCAGGAGGAUUGGUCUUAAAAUUUCUUCAAUUGAAUGAAGUCGCAUCCUGUGUAAAUACACAUCAAUGUGGACAAAAUUCUACGUCAUUGAAUAGCAUCGACGUACCACUGGAGUCAGAUAAAACCGUUUGUAUUCCAGAAAGGAUUUAUAUGCAUCCUCUGGAUCAUUUUUUGGGAAAAAAGUCUUUGUGUAAACGAACAACCGUAGAUGCUGGAACCGAAAUUAAUAUUGAGGAUAAUGAUGGUUUUCACAGUACCACUACGUUCACAAUGUGUCCAGAUCGUUAUGCUAACGUUUCUGAGAAAAGUACACUAAGGGAAGAUAUAAAAAUUCCACGAGGAAAAGUGGAUUUGCAGGAAAUAAAUUGCAGGAAAACGCCAGGAAAUAAAGGAGUAAUUUCGAAAAAUUCUAUGGAAUCCUCAACCGUAGUUUCUAAAGUAUCACAAUUAAGCAAUGGUUUAAAAGUUUCCCAAAUAAGGUUAAAGAAUCUGAAAGAUUUGUGUGGAGUAUCGACUGUUGCCUCUAGUAACAAUAGAUUGUCACAUUAUUUUCGAAAAGGAUCGUCCGGAUCGUGCACAAACUCACCGACAAUAACAUACGGAAAAACAGACAUGACUGGUAACCGUAAAAUUACAAGAAACUUAAGUUCACCCAUCGAGAAAACGCAUUCUCGUUUUCCAAAAACUGACUCAACGAAGUUAGUAUUCAAAAACGUCGUACGAAACACUACACUAAAUGCUCCAAAGAGAACCGUGCAAAGAAGAAGACAAAAUCCUCCAAAAAAUCUAAGUAACUUAAGCAAAUCUCUAGAACCAAACACUUCAUGCAUUACAAAGACAUAAGAUAUGUCAAUAAUAAAAUAAAACCACACGAUAUGCAUAUAUGUAUACAUUGGAUGAAUCCUACUACUAAAAACACAGAAACAUUUUUCCGUCUGUAAGCUUUAAAAUAAAUAUAACCAUGUAAAAAAUUUCGCACCAAGUAUUAUAUUUCUAUUCACGACAAAAAUUCCGUGGUUUAACUUUAACAGUCACUGGAAUGGCAACGCUCAAUAAUAGUUUCCACAACUUCCUUUGAGAAACGCAUAAAGUUUUUCGGGCAUUCGAGCAAGGUGCAACUCGUAAGAAUAAUCCUGAUUUCGAAUAUACAUUACGAAGAACCACAGAGACGGUGGCGGCAAAAAAAAGAGAGCUACGAAAUUUCCCGGAGAGACCAGCAAAGGUGCCGACGAGGGUGCAACAAUGGCAAAGGUACCUAGGCCCUGUCAACGGGACCACUUCAAAAGUUGCCGUCUUCAAUGUGUUUAUUUAGUUAACGUCAAAUUUACUCGCUCCAAAAGGUAUAGCCGAUCUCGCCAUCGCAUUCGAGUUUCUAUGUCCGCGACACGCGGUCCUAUUUGUAUUAAGCAAAUCCACUCGAUUGCCGUGGAAGGGCGUGGCUCGUGAUCCCCUUUGUGCCACUGUGCAACCUAACCAAUCAUUCACAAAAUGGAACACUCGACUUUUCGUGCACGACUUUUGACUUUGGAGUAUACAUUUCACUUUCGGCCGACACUUUCUAGAAAUCGUAAUCCUCUUUCCAUAAUCAAUGGUCAACGACUACAGUUGGAAUUUCAAUAAUCCUCGACUAC